UCGUUUCUCCCAUCUCCACUUCCACAUCUUACCGAUCCUAAUUGGGAAAGGAAUUCCCAAUUGUUUCCUUUCCCAAUUCCCCAGCUAUAUUCCCACUUUUGCAGUUUGUUUUUUUCCUAAUCAAGGAUUAAUCAGCCUACUUAUUGCAUAAACCAAUUGACAAAUCAUGAAUGCUUGCUUUCAAAUUAUUUGUUAAUUUGCAAGUUAGAUCCAAAAGAAAACACCAACACGAUGAUGUCAAUUUUCAGUUCUUUUGAUGCUCUCUCCGCUGAAAUUUUGGGCCAAAAAGUGAACCACUCUUGGGCACCGCCCACUUCUGACAACAAACAACAACAAGGUCUGGCUCCUCUUGUAUCCGAUCGCAAGACCGCCGUUUCUCCGCCGUCUACUUCCUCACCUGGUGAACUGAACAAGGCCGGAGAGGCAGCGGCGCCGUCAUCUUCAAAAUCGCCGUCGCGUCCACAGCAGCAAAGGAGGAGGCCGAGGUUUGCACCGGAAUUGGAUGGGGUCCACUGUUUCGAAACAAUUCUUCCCUAUUAAUUUUUAUUACAUUAAGUCUAAAAGAUUGAAAUUCUUUAUUCUUGUCUGACUGUAACUAAUUAGCCCACUGCCAUCAUGAAGGUUGAUACAAUUUAGUUGUAUUAAAUUCUUUUAUUUCUUGUUUGAACAACUUCCAUCCACAUUUUUUUUCUUUAAAUCUGUUUCCCUGAUCAAUUAUCGAUCUUUUCUAGAGGAAGAAACAAAAGAGAUUGAAAAAGCAGGGAAUAUGCUGUAUGUUUCGUCUAGUGCACGUUAAUGUAAUUCCACUAUUUUACAACCCUUUCUUCGAGUUGAAA